AUGGCGGCGACGCCCGGCCCGGGGACGUCACUUCCGCUUCCCGCCGGUGUGACCCUACGCGGCCGCCGUCCUGCCAGCGGCUGCUGCCCGCGCCUCUCGCCUCAGCCAGUGUCGCCGCCUAGCGGCCGCAAGUCGCUACAGCAGCCGCGGGAACGGCCAGCCCGGCGCCAACAUCGCCGCCUGGGCUGGUUUGAAGCAGGGACGGGGCCCAGUACUGCCACCACUGUCCCAGUAUCAGCAUCGCCAGCCCAGUACCAGCAUCGCCGCCCCAGUACCGCCGUCGUCAUCCCAACACCGCCACCUCCAGCCCAGUACUGCCACCACUGUCCCAGUAUCAGCAUCGCCAGCCCAGUACCAGCAUCGCCGCCCCAGUACCGCCGUCGUCAUCCCAACACCGCCACCUCCAGCCCAGUACUGCCACCACUGUCCCAGUAUCAGCAUCGCCAGCCCAGUACCAGCAUCGCCAGCCCAGUACCGCCGUUGCCAUCCCAACACCGCCACCUCCAGCCCAGUACUGCCACCGCUGUCCCAGUACCAGCAUCGCCAGCCCAGUACCAGCGUUACUGCUCCAGCUCUUCAGUGCCCUUCUGGGAGUGA